AUGAACGAUAAAUUUGAAAUUAAUGAUGAUGGUAAAACCGCUAAAGAAAAAUAUAAAGAUACGAACUUAGAAUCGACAAGUAUGAUCGCAUUACAAAAUCUGGAUCAAUGGAAUUUUCAUGAUGAGAAUGAUGCUUCCCAGGGUGUUAUUACUGGAAGUCCUUUACCAUAG